CAAAGUCAAAGACCUACCAAAAACAAAAGAGAAGAAAAUUCUUCAGAAAAAAACUGGCACUGCCCUGAUCGGUCAGCGCGGGUCCCAUAUCUUCUCCACUAAUUCAAGUCUCAGCAAGAACUCAUCUUUUUGGGUUCUUUCUAUAAUUUUCUUUCUGGGGCUUCUGUAUUUUCUUCUAAAAAAAGAAGAAAAGAUGGUUGUGGCAGUGUCAGGCAUGGAUUCACUUGGUGAAAGAGCAGCAAAGAUGAAAGAAGCACUUCAGAAAAGCCAAACUAUUACUGAUAGUGUUGUUUCAAUUCUGGGAUCUUUUGAUAGUCGUCUUUCAGUUCUCGAGACUGCUAUGCGUCCAACUCAGAUUAGAACACAUGCGAUCAGGAAAGCUCAUGAGAAUAUUGACAAGACAUUAAAGGCUGCAGAGGUUAUAUUGACACAGUUUGAUGCUUCUCGGCAGGCAGAGGCUAAAAUACUUAAGGGACCACAUGAGGACCUAGAGAGUUACCUAGAAGCAAUUGAUCAGUUAAGAAGCAACAUUCAUUUCUUUAGUGGCAACAAAGGCUUCAAGAGUAGUGAUGCAGUUCUCAAUAAUGCAAAUAGCUUACUUGCUAAGGCUAUUUCAAAGUUAGAGGACGAGUUUAAGCAGUUGUUGGCAUCGUACAGCAAGCCCGUGGAACCUGAUCGUCUCUUUGAGUGCCUCCCUGAAUCAUUGCGACCAUCCUCAGAAUCACCUGGAAACCUUUCUAGUGGCAGGAAUCAUCAUCAUGAGCACCAAAAUGGUGCUUCGGAAACUGGUGGCUUCAAACAUCUUACUCUCAUACCUCCAAGGAUUUUACCUUUGUUGCAUGAUUUAGCCCAACAAAUGGUUCAAGCUGGGAACCAACAACAAUUACUUAGAAUUUACAGGGAUACCCGAUCUUCAGUCAUGGAUGAAAGCCUUCGCAAGUUGGGCGUUGAAAAGCUGAGCAAAGAGGAUGUUCAAAAGAUGCAAUGGGAGGUCUUGGAGGCCAAGAUUGGGAAUUGGAUUCAUUUCAUGCGCAUUGCUGUCAAGGUCCUGUUUGUUGGAGAAAGAAGAGUCUGCGAUCAAAUAUUUGAAGGGUUUGAUACUCUCCUUGAUCAAUGUUUUGCUGAAUGUACUGCUAGUAGUGUCUCCAUGCUUCUUAGUUUCGGGGAUGCAAUUGCCAGAAGCAAAAGGUCACCUGAGAAGUUAUUUGUACUUCUGGACAUGUAUGAGAUAAUGCGAGAACUACAUUCAGAGAUUGAGGCAGUUUUUGGUGGUAAAGCUUGCAAUGAAAUCAGGGAAUCCACAUUUGGUUUGACAAAAAGGCUUGCCCAGACAGCUCAAGAAACCUUUGGUGAUUUUGAAGAAGCAGUUGAAAAAGAUGCCACAAAAACUGCUGUUCUGGAUGGGACUGUUCAUCCAUUGACAAGUUAUGUGAUUAACUACGUGAAAUUUCUCUUUGACUAUCAAUCAACCUUGAAGCAACUCUUCCAAGAAUUUGAAAGCAGUGGCGAAACAAGUUCACAGUUAGCAACUAUAACAAUGCGGAUAAUGCAGGCUCUUCAAACCAAUCUGGAUGGGAAAUCUAAGCAGUACAGAGAUCCAGCUCUGACUCACUUAUUUCUCAUGAACAAUAUUCACUACAUGGUCAGAUCUGUGCGCAGAUCAGAAGCCAAGGACUUAUUAGGGGAUGAUUGGGUUCAAAGGCAUAGAAGGGUUGUGCAGCAGCAUGCAAAUCAAUACAAAAGGAAUGCUUGGUCAAAGAUACUUCAAUGUCUCUCCACGCAAGGCCUAACCUCCUCAUCUGUGGGAGGAGGUUCUGCUGUAUCUGGUGAGGGAGGAAGUGGCAGUGGAGCCUCAAGAGGGUUGAUCAAAGACAGAUUCAAGACUUUCAAUAUCCAAUUUGAGGAGCUUCACCAAAAACAAUCUCAGUGGACUGUUCCUGACACUGAGUUGCGAGAGUCACUAAGACUUGCUGUCGCUGAAGUCUUGUUGCCUGCCUACAGAUCCUUUAUAAAACGCUUUGGGCCUCUGGUUGAGAGUGGGAAGAAUCCUCAGAAGUUCAUUAGGUACACAGCUGAGGAUCUGGAAAGAAUGCUGGGGGAAUUUUUUGAGGGGAAGACCUUGAAUGAACCCAGGCGGUAAAGCUUGACACUCACUUGGAUUAGUGACCUCAUGCUCCGGUAAGACACGCAAUGCACUUGUCCUUCACACGUUGUUACAGUGGCACUACUGCCUUUUGUGCAGAUCAUAUGGUGUUAUGAUGGGGUCUUGUGUAUCAAUUUACCAUUUGUAAAGGCUGUGAAUAAAUGUAUUCUUUCUAUUUGAUUUUAAGAGAAAUAAGGUCUAUUUUUGCCCUAGCUUGUGCUAUUGGCUAAGAUGGCCAUUGUAUUGAUGAAAUAGAGCGGCUUUUUCCCAUUUCCCAAUUAUGUAGAAUUUAUUGUGGUGAUGGAUUGUAUACAGAAUCACCAUUGCUGCUA